AUGGACGCAUUCAACACGCCCAGUAUGGACGCAUUCAUCAGACACAACGCCGGUGGACUCCUCCGACGAGAGGGACCUGGAGAUCCUGGACAUGCCAGGAUGGGACGUCCGGCGUAUCCGGGCCACGAGGAGGAUCCUCCGGGUGAUGACCCAGGGGUCGAACGGAGUCCGAGGAAUCCCGGUGGGCACGGCCACAGUCGAGGAGGAGGACCACCGGCCCAGCAUGAAGCUAAUGGCGCUGCGCAGGAGACGGAGGAGGAGCCAAGGUCGGAGGGAGGGGGACACAACCCUGCUGCUGGCAAGGGCCAGAAGAAGGUUGACCCCGGAGAUGGCCAAGGAGGCUGUCCGACGAAGGAAGGUGGCGCCGGGGCGAGCUGCAAUGCUCAAGAGAGCGGCGCGCCGGAGAUGCCAGCAGAGCAGGGCCACCCGGCGGAUCCGGUGGGCUAUGAAGGAGUCGCUGGACGCAACGAUCAGAGCACGAGGACCAGGAGCAAUGGACGCGAGGUCCAUGGUGAUGACACGGUAAUCAUCCUGCCCAGAGAAAAGGCCGCCGAGGCCAAUCCUAAGGAGGGCAGAGUCGGCGGGAGGCGGAGGGGCGGUGCAACAGCAGAACUGGCCGCCAUAGCUGCAAAGGAAGGUGGAGGAAGAGACCACGAGAAGGAGGCGGAAGACGAGAAGGAGGCAGAAGGAGGGUGCUACUCCAUACAUGCCUGCUCCAACAUUGCCUCCAUUGCCGAUGCCAACAUUUAG